AUGACUUGGCAGUACAGAUCACUACUGCUGUUAUGUCUAUUGAAUGUUUAUGCAACACUGAAAUCAGACAACGAACCGAAAGGACCAAAAGUAACUGACAAGGUAAUUUUGACGAUAAAAAUUGGAGAUGAAGAAGCAGGCAUAAUAACAAUUGGCUUAUUUGGAAAAACAGUUCCGAAAACUGUAAAAAAUUUUAUCCAGCUAUCAAAGAAAGCAGAAGGAGAAGGAUAUACUGGCUCAAAAUUCCAUCGAAUUAUCAAAGAUUUCAUGGUACAGGCUGGCGACUUCAUUAAUGGUGACGGUACCGGCAGUAUAUCUAUCUAUGGUAAAAAGUUCGCCGAUGAAAAUUUCAAAUUGAAGCAUUACGGUGCAGGAUGGGUUAGCAUGGCAAAUGCUGGACCAGAUUCGAAUGGUUCUCAGUUCUUCAUUACUUUAAAAAAAACACCCUGGCUCGAUGGCAGACACGUCGUUUUCGGCAAGGUCCUCAACGGAAUGAAAGUAGUAAGAAAAAUGGAAAAUACGAAAACAUUAAAACCUAGUGACAAGCCCGUAGAGGAUAUCAUCAUCAUAAAAGCAGAACAUAUUAUUGUAGAUGCUCCAUUUGCAGUCCACAAGACUGACGCAGAAGAUUAA